AUGCCCUCUGAGCACAGCAAGAGUGGAUCCUCGACGCCAGUCGCCGAGCAGUCAGCCGUCGGAGACCGAGACAGGAGCGAGGACCUGCAGGACGACGACGGGCACGACGACGGGAACGGCAGCGAGCAGCCGGCACGCAAGCGGCAGCGCGUGCGGCUGUCCUGUCUGGAGUGCCGACGCCGGAAGCUAUCAUGCGACCGGGGCUUCCCGUGCGAGCGCUGCAUCAAGUCGGGCACGCCAGAGCGAUGCACGUACGAGACGCGGCCAGGACUGGCGCCGCCGGCCAAGAACGGGCUGUCGCAGGGCGCGCUGACCAACUUUGACUCGCGGCUGGCGGCCUACGCAGCCAUUGGUGACGGCGGCAUGAUCCCGCCAUACCGUCGAGACUCGCACCGGUCGGCCGGCACGCCAUCAAGCUCAACACAGCAUCAUGCCGACGUUGUGGGCGGUGGCAGCGACCGGAUCCGGCGGCUCGAGCUCGAGGUGGCCCAGCUGCGAGCCAUGCUGACGCAGUCAGACAAAGACAAGAACGAGGGCAGCAAGGCCAAGACGGCAGCGCUGUCCGACGGCAGCACGACGGUGCACGAUGACGACUCGCCGGCCGACAAGGGUGACGGGAACGCGGGCCAGUCGCCGCCGUCGACAUUUGUCGAGCACAUCUACGGGUCGGGCGGCGCGGCCACGACGCAGGUGGGCGACGAGCUGCGCUUCUUCCGCGGCAAGGAGUUCAAGACGCGCUACUUUGGGCCGCACAACGCGUGCAUGGCGUUUAGCGAGCUGACUGGCCUCUGUCCGUUCAUGAAGGAGACGGCCGAAGAGUGGCUGCGGCCGCUGCAUGUGCACCACUUCAAGAGCAAGGACCGGGCGAAACGGAUGCACGAGCGCGAAGACAUGUUUGCACGGCCGGAUGCCGAACUGGAGGCACUGUUGCCAUCACGUGACGAGACAGACGUGCUAGUGGACAUCUACCUCAACCAGUUCGAGCAGGUGCACCGCAUCAUGCACAUUCCCAGUUUCCGGCGCGACUACGCGUCGUUUUGGGACGGCCAGAAGACCCGGCCGUCGGCCUUUACGGCGCUGCUGCUGUCGAUGAUGGCCAUCUCGAGCUGUCUGCGCGGCAAUCCGACCGGCCGGUUCGUCGGUCUGGUGUCACAGUCACACUACAUGGCCGAGCAGUGGAUCGCGGCCUGCGAGGCCUGGAGCCAGCGCCAGAGCCAAAAGCACCGCAAGCUGGUGCACUACCAGGUCGCCUGUCUCGUCUAUCUGGCCAAGCGCGUCAACACGGUCAAGAAGAAGCGCUUCUGGAAGGCGUCGGGUGCGCUGGUCCAGGAUGCCGUCUCGGUCGGCCUGCAUCGGGACCCCAGCCACAUCCACGAGAACGUGUCGGCCUACAACCAGGAAAUGCGUCGGCGUAUCUGGUCGACCAUCCAGGAAUUCGACAUGCAGGCCUCCUUUGAUCACGGCCUACCCACUCUGCUGAGCGCCCUCCGCUUCGACGUCCAUUCGCCGCGCAAUCUCGCCGACGAGGACUUUGACGAGGACUCGACCGUGCUGCCGCCCUCUCGACCACCCGACGAGUAUACCUUCUCGUCCUAUCAGCACCUCAGCCGUCAGAGCCUCGAAUUGCGUCUGCAGCUCAGCCGCGUGCUCACCGGCCCGCCCGACGACCUCGAUUACGACCAGGUGAUCCGCUACACUAACGACAUCACCCAGGAAAUCGAUGCAUUGCCCUCGUGGGACGUCCGUGCCAUUGCCGAGUCGCAGGCCAAGGCCAGCCCCGACCGCGAUAUCCUCACUGCCGCCCACCUAACCCCCCUGCUGGCCUACACCCUCCUGCACAUCCAGCUGCGCCAGUACAUCAUCCCGCUGCAUCAGCCGUAUCUGAAGCUGCGCAAGACCAACUCCAAGUACCAGUACUCCGAGAUCAUCUACUACAACGCUGCCCGCGACAUGGUCCUGCUGCACGAUAAGCUGGCCGAGCAGGGUGUCCGCACCCUCAACUUCAUGCGCGAGGACGCCCUGACGCUAUCCAUCAACCUCUGCAGCGUCACCAUGCUCCAGCCUAGAGGCUCUACCAAUAUGAUCAUGGUCAACUCGCAGCAUACCAUGAGGCUGCUUGAAAAGUGCCUGGCCAUGAAGGAGGACCGCGUGCUCCGUUGCGGCAAUAACGAGCCGUGGGGCUACUCCAUCAUGUGCGCUGCCACCGGCCUACUGGAGGCCCAUCUCGGCCAGAAGACCCCCGAGGCUGCCAAGGCCUCGUCUGCCGAGCGCUUCGUCAACCUGCACUGCAAGCUGCUGGUGCGCCAAGAUGGCCCGCAACAGCAGCAGCAGGACCAGCAGGAUGAACCGGAACGGCACGAACAGCGCCAGGCACCACCACUUUUGCAGCCACAGUUGCCACAGUCGCUGCUCGCCCCUCCGGCAAAGAUGACCAUGGGCAUCCUGGGAAACGAGGUGCUGGACCGGCCAAAACCGACUGCCCCUUUCUUUUCCAUGUCACAGGGAUCUAGUCAAGGCGGCGGCAUCGGUAUGGGCCCGGAUGCAAUCCAGCCGACGACUGCUUGGUGGAUGGCCAACAUGGCCAACAUGGCCAGCAUGGCCAAUCCCAAUGCAGAUGCUUCGCAAAUUCAAAUACCCCAGGGCUUGAACUCCGAGUUCAACGUCGAGCUCAUGGGCUUGAGUCUCGGCAAUCUCUGGGCCGAUUACUCGUGGGAGGAGACCAAAGAGCCCCGGGAGGGAUCGUCCCUUCACAGCCGGUCCUCUGCAACGUCACCCGCAGCUGCUUCUCCCACCAGAGCACCGCGUCUACCCGCUCCGCAUCUUCUUGCAGAGUCUUCUGCGCCCAUCUUGUCCGAUUUUCAUUCCUGUGCCGACCCCAGACAGUCCCGCCCAGCCUAUCUGAUCCCCAAGAUUCCCGGACUCGAGGGACUUGUGGACAACGAUACCGACAGCGACGAUGGAGUGCCUCAUAUGACAAGUGCCGGCACCGUCUCAACUUCCGCCGGGCCGGCAAUUUCCAGGAGUGCAUGUAACAGCAUCAAGGGGUCCGCCUCGAGCCCUCUGAGCUUGCUGAAAACCCAUAUGGAAGCACUACGGCAUUUUCCCUCUUCCGAAUCCACCCGCAGUCGUGCUCUAAGUGUCGCCAGUGAUGAGGAUGACUUUGCUGCUAUGGCCCGAAGAGCAGAGGUGCGCCGCAUAGCGCACAAAAUGAUCCAAGAAGAGCUCCAGAAAGAACAGCAUCCCCCACCAACGCACUCGCAUCGAAGAGUCGCUAUGUCAACCAUCAGGGAGGAUCCUUCAGAUGUGGCUAGCUCGUAUGGAGGCCCCAGUCGCAAUGCCAAGAACUCUUGCAACAGAGCCACUCAACGAGACGGCCAGCAUGUGGUUAUCGAAAACACCAGUUUUGGCUGCAGUCAUAUCCAGGCUGAUUUCCUCCAAAAAGCAGACGGAGGAACUCCUCUAUUUCCUGAGGAAACCAACUUGCCACGCACAUUCCAGCUGAAAUCCCGGUCUAGAAUUUCUUUGCCUCGGGGCUUCAGAAUCCGAAGCCGGAUCCGUGGAGCUGUGGGGGAGAAACGCUGGGGAAAGGCCACGUUGGUGACAGUUCGAUCCCGACAAAGCUCGGAAGUCGCUGCACUGGACGAAGAAACGGCCGUAUCGCCUUUGCAACCAGUCGACCAAAUUAGCGAGUCCCUAGGUGUUACUAGGAAGAGACCAUCAAUCGGUUGUGAAAGCUGUUUCGUGUCCCUGCUGGGCGGCGCCUCCCUGGAUGAUUCUCGUAAGAAUACAACUGUUUCUUCGGACCAACGUGCGAUUGGAAAUGCCAAUGGAACAUUUUCUACCGUUCAUGUGGAGAACACCAGAACUGCCUGUCCUGAACACAAACCUACUUCUCGCCACGUCAGCUAUGUUUCUGAGUCGCUGGGGUCGUAUGAUGAGGACGGAAGCAUCCAUGAGGCUCACGAAGCGCAUAUCGUUGCAGCGAGCAAGCCUAGCAGUCCCACCCUAUGCAUAUGUGGCAGCUGCGGAAAAGGGCAACAGCCAAUGCUCUCAGACGGCCCAGAGUCACGUUCAUCCUGCCACCUUUGUACGGCAGCCAGCACGCAUAUUCAAAAUGGGGAGCACAGGAGCGGCCCGUCGGUGGCAUCUCACAUAAGCACACUCAACUUGCCAUCUCCAGUUGUGGAGCUGAACUCUAUUGUAGAUGGAGGGAGAUCCCUGAAAUCAAGAAAAGACAGUCAGAGCUGGACGACUUGUAGGGAUUUCCCCCCGCUGAAUGUGAGUGACGACGAUAGCAAAAGCUUCUCAGAGGCAAUUUCACGAAGAAGAAGCACGGGAUUUCCAUUCCAGUUCCGCUCUCUCAGCCGUAAGUGGCCUCGUCAGUUGUGUUACUGCAAUACAUUGAAGCUAACUCCAAACUCAGGACUUGGUGGAUCGAAAGCCUUAAAAGACAUCGAAUUAGAUGAAGAUUUGCAGCCUACCGCACCAUCAGGACAUAUGCGGAGUAGAUCCGUCGACACCCGGGGCUUUCCGGAAUCUUGGUGGAACGCAGUACCAGACAUGCCGACUGAGCCCAAGCAUGCCACUGGUGCCAACACGUCUUCCCCUGAUGGGGUUCUCGAAGCCCAGCCACUGUCCGUGAACACUCUAGACAAAGCCGACAUAAUUGUAGCGUCGGAGAAGUCUGUCAAUGAGCAAGGCGGGCUCAUGUUUCUUUCAUCGAGGGUGAUGUCAGCCAGUUUCGAAAAGGUUUUCAAAAUGGGCCUCAACAAGAUCAUGCCGCGAAGACAGAGCGUCAGCGUGACCCAGACGCAGGAUGACUCCGUUCCUACGUAUUCAUCUCAAAAGCUUGAUGCACAUGUCCCGGAUGGCGUUCUACAGCCACAUUUUAACGUCAUGGAUGAGAGCGUCGAUACCUUGCCGGUCAAGCUGCCUCCACCUGGGCCAGAAACGGAAUUGCCAAGAAUUGAGCGCCGGCUGUCAGAGGCUUCCAUGUCAACUUGUCCCAACCGGAGCCAAGAAGAUAUGAUAAGCGAUAUUGACAGCGUUUUCGGUGUAUUGAUCAGCGCGGACAAUAGUCAAGACAAGGGAAGACAGACGCCGGUAAACGUCAACAUGGGUGUUGUGGCAGACAAGUCUUGGCCCCCUCUGACAGCCCCAUCGACGCCAGUCUCCAACGCUUACGCAGAGGUUCGCGCAUAUAUUAUCACCAACUUUUCCGAGAACACGGCCAUGGCUGCUACGAAGAGAAUAGCCAAGUCCAGCGGGGGUUCCGAGAGCUGUGAGCCUGACACUAACCAGCAGAGCGGCAAGUCCUCCGUGGACACAGCCCCGGUCCCCGAACCUAAGGCUAUUCGCGGAGAUGCCAUCUCUAUCAAGAGUGAUAGUGCGCAUGUUGUGAAGAAGCCUGGCACGUCUUUGGCAUCGUCCAAGUAUAUGACCUGGAACUGUCCAACGAGAGUGCCACAGGAGCCAAUGCGCAGCACUCUUGAAUUUGGACUGGAGCUGGAGCGGGUGCUCAGCGGAGAGAAAGAAAACAUGGAGCUAUUUGCGGGUCGAGCAAAGUUUCCAAUCAUCAAGUAUGGCCAGUAA